CUCCCCCGCACUGCACCCCCCGAGGACAUGGCGGAGGUCGGGGGGUUCCUCGCUUCUCUGGAUCUGGACUUACACGGCUUCUCCUCUUCUUAUGGGAAUGUGGCCCUCGCCGACUCCCCCGGAUUCCUGAAUGAGAGGCUCGGGCAGAUCGAGGGGCGCCUACAGAGGGGAACCCCAACAGAUUUCGCCCAUCUGAAGGGAAUCCUCCGGAGGAGACAACUUUACUGCCGGACCGGAUUCCACCUGGAGAUCUUCCCCAACGGGACUGUCCACGGAACCCGGCAGGACCACAGCAGAUUCGGGAUUUUGGAAUUCAUCAGCCUGGCGGUGGGUCUGGUCAGUAUCCGCGGCGUGGACUCCGGUCUCUACCUGGGAAUGAACGAGCGAGGCGAGCUGUAUGGGUCGAAGAAGCUGAACAGGGAGUGCGUCUUCCGGGAGCAGUUUGAGGAGAAUUGGUACAACACGUACUCCUCCACGCUCUACAAACAUGUGGACUCCGAGAGACAGUUCUAUGUGGCCCUCAAUAAAGACGGUUCCCCGAGAGACGGGUACAGGACUAAGAGACACCAAAAGUUCACCCAUUUCCUGCCGAGACCGGUGGACCCCUCCAAGAUCCCGCUCAUGUACAGGGACCUCUUCCAUUAUCGGCGAUGACCCCGGACCGGUGACAACGCGACUCGCCUGAAAUCACAUUCCUUCGGAAAGGUCGUGAUGUAGAUGAGUGGGGGAGGGGCCUGCAGAAUAUUGACCACUUUUUUAUAUUAAGAAGACAUUUACUUUUGUAAAUAAUAAUAAGACAAUAGGUACUUUGUACCGUUCUCGACCAUCCAAUGUAUACCACUGGUUGCCUGACUCUGGAACCCAAUACUAAUAACCAUUCCUGAUGUUGGUGUAGUUAAAGUCUCCAGUACAGCCGAUGUAGGGAGUUUGCUGCUCCGCCGGUGUCUGGGGACUUUACGCUGAGAGUAAUGGUUCUGUGCUUGAAUGUAAGAGAGAAUUAUCAAAGGGGGUCACCAAUUCGGCCUUUUUAGUUUAAAGCAGAAAAUUAAAAAGGGAGAUUCUGUUUUGGAAUCUUUGAAGAAGUGAUAAAACUUUAUUUAUAACACUAUAUGGCCCCCGAGAUUGGGGACACCCGACCAUCAUCCCAAAAUCAUGUGCAUCAAUAUGGAUCACCAACUACCCCUCCAUGGCCAUUAGUACAGAGUCCCCUCCCCCCUCCUAUGACCAUCAGUAGGGAGUCACCCCCUUGGCCAUCAAUUUGAUGUCCCCUCCCCCCAUGGCCUUUACUAUGGAGCCCCCCCCCGCCCAGCCCUUAGGGUUUCCUUUCUCCACUCUUGUGGGAGGAGUUUGGAUGGAGUUACCCCUCCUUCCAUGGACAUUAAUAUAAAGUUGCCCCCUUCCCCCCUUUGUAGCUAUACCAUCCUCCACUCCUCUGGGCAAGCUUUCCGUGAGAAAUUGGGGGAAUUUCUGCCCAAUUGUGAGCUCAGGUACUGAUGUUGGGUGGGAAGACCCGGCUGACGCUUCAGGCCUCACAAAGGCACAAAAAAAAGGAUCUGGCUAACUAUUGCCAUUCCAAUUCAUCCCAAACGAGUUCAGUAGGGUUGAGGCUCCCUGCUGGACACUCGGGUUCCUUCCCACCAAACUGGUCAACACCAAGACAAGACUUUGGGAGGGAGUCUGUGGGAAUUUGUGCCCAUUUCUGAGGUCAGGUAGUGAUUUUGGAUGAGAAGACCUCUGGCUCACCAUCAGUGUUCCAAUUCAUCCCAAACCUGUUCAGUAGGGUUGAGGUCAGGGCUCUGUGCAGGACACUCGAGUUCCUCCAUGGCCUUACACAUACUGAACACCUUUUGGAAGGCCUCAUCCCAAAGGUGUUCCAUAAGGUUAAGGUCAAGUACUAAUGUUGGAUGAGACGACCCUAUACCAAGAACUUUCAAAAGUAGGGUUAAGGUCAGGACUCUGUACAGGGCACUGGAGUUCCUCUACACCAAACUGGCCACACCAUGUCUUUAUGGAGUUGCCUUCCAUCUCCCCAUGGCCAUUAGUAUGGAGUUGCCCCCUUAGUGACUAUGAUAUCCUCAACCCAUCUUGCAAGACUUUCCACAAGAUGUUGUUGGGUGUCUGUGGGAAUUUGUGAGGUCAGGUUCUGAUGUUGGAUGGGAAGACCUUAUACCAAAGGUCUUCCAGGAGUAGAGUUGAGGUCAGGGAUCUGUGCAGGACACUGGAAUUCCUCCACACCAAACUGGUCCCAUCAUGUCUUUAUGGAGCUGACUUUGUACAUGGGGGGGGGGGGGGCACAGUCAUGCUGGAACAGUAAAGGGUCUCCACCAAACGGUCACCACGAGGUUGGAAGAGCACAAUUGUCUAUAUUCUGUGCCACCAAAGCCAGCCAUAGACAGAGCAAAUUUCUUUCCUGCAACCAUACGAAAACUGUGAUUCCCUUAUAAACACAGUGUUGAUGGGGGAUCUCUCCCGUGGAGCCAUUGUGGGGGGGGGGAUGGAGAACACAGUGAUUAUUCCCAGCGAUUAUAACAGCUGCUAACAAUAUUCACAUGUAAAAUCUGACAGGCUGGUUUUGCCCAAGUUGAUCGAUCAACUAAGGUACAUUCAGCCUGCCCAUUCAUGGUUUGAAUCUCAGCCUGUUCCUGCUGAACCAGCCGAGAUCCGAACCUUCUACGGCCAGCUUACCAGUCACCUUGCAUAGCACCUGUUAGCCGUGGGUGCAGCUGAACCCGCGCCCUCAAAAAUCGAGUCGGAUGUCCACACUUUUGGCCAUAUAGUGUAAAAGCAUCUCAAUUAUCUGCUUGACUUUUUUUUAUAAAUUGUUUAAUCAAAAAUCAAGUUGUGCUAAAAAUCCACAUUUCAAAUUCUCAACGAAUGUGAUCUAUCACUGAAUCUCUUCGGGAAUCUCUAACACGAUGACUAGAAGCUGUGGGGGCAAUUAGUGACAAUUAUAUUAUUAUUAUUAGCACUCCCGGGUUAGUAAUGGCUUCAGGAACGAUCUUCACCACACACAUUGAUUGAAACUGCUGAGAUUCAGGGCAAUGGAGAUCCCAAGAUCUGCUCAAUGUAAUACGAAGGAAUAGGAGCGAGUCCAAUUGUGGGCAGCAGAAGGGAACAAAUCAUUGGAGGAAACGACUUGGUUAUGACGUUUUGGAAAGAUCACCAGGAAUGAGUCCAAACGGCAAAAUUAAUUGAAUUGCAAAUUUCCCAAAUUUUGCCUUUCCUGAAUCUCUGUGGAAAUUAGACUUAAAUUUUGGCUGCUCCGGUGAAAUAUGUUCCUCAAUAGCGUUAUCAUGAUCCCAGCUAAGGAAGUGGCCAUUUUAUUCUUCGCCUACAAAUCAGUGAAAGGAGCUUCUUCAGCCCUCCGGAGACAUUCAAAUCCAACUGAGAAAUCCCCACACCUGAGAUUCUUCUUCUCAUUGACUCCAGUGAUGAAUUCUGGGGAAGAAUCCCAAUGUCCCUCAUCCCUACUGCAGACAAGGUUGUGCUCAGUGAUAGGAGGCCACGCCCUAUCUCCACCCCGUCCUUUUCCACAGACUCGGUUAUAAGCGAAGAGUCGUAGUGCGAUGAGUCGUAGUGCGAAGAGUCGUAGUGCGAAGAGUCGUAGUGCGAAGGUCGUAGUGCGAAGAGUCGUAGUACGAAGGUCGUAGUGCGAAGAGUCGUAGUGCGAAGAGUCGUAGUGCGAAGUUGUAGUGCGAAGGUCGUAGUGCGAAGUCGUAGUGCGAAGAUUCGUAGUACGAAGGUUGUAGUGCGAAGUCGUACUGCGAAGGUCGUAGUGCGAAGAGUCGUAGUGCGAAGAGUCGUAGUGCGAAGAGUCAUAGUGCAAAGUCGUAGUGCGAAGAGUCGUAGUGCGAAGAGUCAUAGUGCGAAGAGUCGUGGUGCGAAGGUCGUAGUGCGAAUAUCGUAGUGUGAAGUCGUAGUGCGAAGAGUCGUGGUGCGAAGGUCGUAGUGCGAAUAUCGUAGUGUGAAGUCGUAGCGCGAUGGUCGUUGGCUCCACUUUCCUCCAUAACCACUUUGGCCUUGGGAAAUGAAUGAAUUUUAGUAUAGGAAGCUAUAAAUGUAUUUAAAUUUUAUGUUCUGUGGAAUCUUGAGGUACAUUGCCCUAAAUCCCAUCAGAUAGACUAAUAUAUAUGCGAGCGGGUGGGUUCAUUCUAAAAUAGAACCUGCUCAUCUUUUUACACAGCUUUAUUAACAAAGGCCCUUCCUAACAAGGCCGAUGUUCCAGAUUUGUUCACGUGUCCUAUGGAAAUGUAUCUGUCUCUACUACUCUGUAACUACCUAGGAUGGAUGACUAUUGCUGUCCUGUCACAGAGGAUUUCAAACACUACAAAGCGGAAGAGUUUGCAUCCCACCUGAGGAAGACCCAUGAAAUGCGUCGGAGACGCGCUCUUCUGCCGAACUAACCCCUCAACUCACAAUGCUCCUGUUUUCAAGGAACGUUGUAAAGAUGCAAGCAUAGAUACUGUGCAUAAGGAUGAAAACUAUUUAUGAAAUGUAUAUUAUAUUUAUUUUAUAUAUUUAUUUAUUUCAAAUAAUUUUAUUUUUAAUGAGAGAUGCCUAUUGACCAGAUUUUUCAUCAGGGGGAGAAAAAGGUCCUACUGACACAUUAAAUCAUUUGGAGUCUUUAAAAGCUUAUUGGCAAUAAAAUUGUCUUUCUAUUGUA